AUGAAGGCUAUCAUUCUAGUAGGCGGUUUUGGUACAAGACUAAGACCAUUAACUUUAACUUUACCUAAACCUUUAGUAGAGUUUUGUAAUAAACCCAUGAUCGUUCAUCAAAUCGAAGCUUUAGUGGCAGCUGGUGUAAAGGAAAUCGUAUUGGCUGUUAAUUAUAGACCUGAAGUGAUGGUAGCUGUUUUAAAAGAUACUGAAGAGAAGUAUGGAAUCAGGAUCACUUUUAGUGUAGAAACUGAACCACUUGAUACCGCUGGACCACUUGCUUUAGCAAGAGAGAUCCUAGGAAAAGAUGAUUCACCAUUCUUUGUACUAAACUCAGAUGUAACAUGCACAUAUCCAUUAAAACAAUUAGCCGAUUUCCAUCAAGCCCACGGUAAAGAAGGAACAAUCAUGGUGACCAAAGUAGAUGAACCCUCGAAAUAUGGAGUAGUAGUUCAAAUCCCCAAUAGUUCAGCCAUCGAUCGGUUUGUCGAAAAACCUCAAAGCUUUGUAGGAAACCGAAUCAAUGCAGGUAUUUAUAUCUUUAAUCCAAAAGUCUUAAAUCGAAUUCAACUCCAACCUACUUCGAUUGAAAAAGAAACCUUUCCUGCAAUGGUUCGAGAUUCAGAGUUACAUUGUAUGGAUUUAAAUGGGUUUUGGAUGGAUAUCGGUCAACCUAAAGAUUUCAUCACUGGUACUUGUCUUUAUCUUAGUUAUUUAACUUCUAUUGAUGAUGAACAAGUUCAAGAUCAUCAUCAGAAGAAAUGGAUCAGCGGUGGGAAUGUGUUAGUUGAUCCAACGGCUAUUAUCGAUCCGACGGCUAUCAUCGGUCCUAAUGUGGUCAUUGGGCCAAGGUGUGUGAUUGGAAAAGGGGUUAGACUUCAACGAUGUGUGAUCAUGGAAGGUGCAAGAGUUAAAGAUCAUUCUUGGGUUAAAAGUUCAAUUAUUGGUUGGAAUUCAACUGUUGGUAGAUGGGUUCGUUGUGAUAAUACGACCGUCUUAGGUGAAGAUGUGAAUAUCAAAGACGAAUUACUCGUGAAUGGAGCAUCAGUUUUACCUCACAAAUCUAUCUCAGCUUCAAUCACCGAACCAGCCAUUGUGAUGUAA